AGUGAGAUAUGUGAGUGAAACCGAAUGUAUAAAAGCAACUGACAAAGUAGCUGCUAUUCAGUAGACGAGUUGAAAUUAAAGAGAGAGAAGCGCAUCAAAAAAAAGUACAUUUUAAGUCGAUCACAAUUAACAGUUGGAACACAAAAUAAAACUGGAAUAUUCUUGUCGUUGCGCACACAAAAGUAAAAGAAAAAUUAAACUGAAACGUAAAAAAAUUAAUAUCAAUCAAUUCAUUGUGUUAAACUCAAACAGUCUACAAUUGGAACUUGAACGGAGAGCAGUGAGUGGUGCAAGAGGUUGAACAAAUUAAAUAAAACGUUUAUUAAGUGUUAUUCAUAGGAAUAAAAGAAAAGUGAAAAAACAGACGAUUAGUGCAACUGAAUCUGUAAAAUUGAAAUCAAUUAUUUCAAUAUUACGGUUGUUCUAGCGGGAUUUCUGGAAGAAAAAAAUUAAUUAAAAUUUCAUCUGUUUGGUAAAUCACAGAAAAAUAAAUCAAAUCAACGAAUCGUAAUGGCACAUUCUGGUAACCAUUUACAAAAUAAUAUUGGACAUGAAAACCAUGGAGACAAUGCGGCUCUAUUGCCACAUUUAGAAUCUUUUGAAAAGAUGAUGAAACUUCCAGUUGUUGAAGCCGCAUGGCAUCAAGGUCAAGAUGUGUACGGGAAAGUUAAAGGCCACAAUUCCAUCUUCAAUUGGGCCUUCUGUGCAGCCGAAGCAUCCGUACAAUUGGCUAUCAAUACCGCUGCGCCACUCGUUCAAAAGCUCGAUCGACCCAUUCAAUAUGUUGAUCAAACGCUCUGCACCGGCAUCGAUAAACUUGAAGCAAAAGCACCAAUCAUUAAGGAACAGCCGCAAGACAUUUACAUUCAAGCCAAAAACAAGGUGGUAGAUGUCGUUCAGCCGACAUUGAGCCGAGUGUGUUCGUUACGUGCUGCUGGUCAGCAAAGGGCUGCAUCGUUGAAAGACUUAUCGUGGCAGAAGGCGAAUGAAGUGUUGGCCACCCAAUAUGGAAGCAUGGCUGUAGCUGGUGUCGAUACAACAUCGGCAUUAGCUGAACGUUUAUUGGAUUAUUAUUUCCCAAGAUCGGAAAGUGAUACAGAAGAUGAUAAUACACCGAUUCAAGCCGAUGCUGAUCCAGUUCUUCAUACAUGCCAGACCGUUGGUCGUCUAUCUAAUAAAGUUGCUCGUCGAGUUUACCGUACCGUCUCACGUCAGGUUAAACUCCUCAAAAAAGAGGAUGUCCAUGAAUAUGUUGCUUCCUUAAUUGCCGUUCUACGGUUAACGCAAUACUUAAAUUUCAUUAAUGAACGUGUGCAAUCUUCGGUACCAACAAACAAUUCGUCACCGAACCACGAGUAACGGAUUAUAAUUCUGCAAUUUUUUUGUUGUUGUUUCAUUUACAUUUACAAAAAACAAAAAAGAAUUUUUUUUAUUGUGUCAGAAAUUAUUAUUUAAAGGAAAUUGGAACAAAAAUCUUCGUUUAAUUUUGUAGCGCACACAAAAAAAACGGUUGCGUUCAAAAUGUUUUUUCAACUUUUUUUUUUGCGUAAAACUGCGGGGUGUGUCUCCGAAAAAAUUAAUUAAGCGAGAAGACAUCACAGAUUUUUGAGAAUUAAUUUGAACUAAACAGGAUGUAAUGUUAAGAGUUAAUUGGUUCCCGUUUCGUUAAAAUGAAAUGAAAAAAAAAAAUAUUUAAUUUCAUUGCAAAAUGUUUUUAUUAAGCUCAGAGAACAUCCCCACUAAUAUUUUGGUGAACAAAUGAAUUUUUUUGGUAAAAAAUAUUUAAAAUCAAAAUUUUCUUAUAUAAUAGCAAUACAGCCGUCGUUUCAUGUAGAUAGAGGAAAUGGAACUGCCAUUUUGCAUAUACGUUAAAUUUUUCUCUCCAUUUUCUUGUCGCAACGUGUGAAUGUUCAUUUCAAUGUUUUUUUUUUUUUAGAAAUUUUAUGCCACACAUUUUUCUUUGUUGUACAUAAUAAUGCCAAAUAACAUAAAAUUGCGAAAAAUUAAAGUUAAUUUUUUCUAGUUCCUAGGUGUUUGUCAUAAAAUUAUAUUAAAGUAAAACAAACAAAACAUAAACAGAAAAAGUAAACAAUUAUGAUAGAAAUAAAACGGAAAUAUAUCAAGUCACAAUUUUCUAAUUAAAAUAAUUUUAUAGAGAAAAAAAGUUAAAUAAAAUUUUUAUAUAAUUAUUGUAAUUGAAUUAGUCAUAUAUUGAGAGUGUGCCAAAUUUUAUACUUAUUAUUAUACUAUAUCGAAUAAAACUCCUUUUUGUAGUUUUAUAA